UUGCAGUCCCAACCACAUACAUGUGUCCAUAUACACUUGGAAAUAAUUGAAUAUUGAUAUGAGCUAAAGGACGAAGAAUGGACAAAAGUAGAAAAUUAAAAGGACAGAAAGAAAGACAAAUUCAGAAGACGAUUGAAUAAUAUGGAAAUAUUGACUCAUAUGUCAAAGUAAAUCGAUAUGUAUGUUCCAGAAUCUGCCGCUUGAUCCGUAUAUAAAAGCAAAAUCCAAUUGAAGAAAAUUCAUAUAGCAUUGAGUUUUCUAAGUGCAAGCAUUAAAUUAAAAGUGAAAGAAAAUGUCUCAUAGAUUUAUUCAAAUUUUUGCCUUUUUGGCUUCAUUGGCUAUGGCUCGAGCACAAUUUGGCGGUUUUGUUACAUCAAACGGCCGUGGUGGUAUGGAUGGUUACAUACAAGCGGGUCGCCAGUUUGGAACUCCGCAACAGAACAUCGCUGGUGGUGUCUUUGCUAGAGGAAAUACUAUGGGUGGAGAUGUGACUCGAGGAGGAUUCCUAAGUGCUAAAUCAAACGGCUUAUCGGCAUCUCUGCAACAUGCCAAAACUGACAAUGUUGGCUCUGUAUUCUCACAAAAUGUUCGAGCAAAUAUCUUAAAUACACCAAGACACAAUUUGGAUGCUACCGCCUUUCACAGUCGAACUAAUUUGGAUAAUGGAUUCAAUUUCAACCAAGUUGGUGGUGGGCUGGAUUACACUCAUGCCAGCGGCCUUGGAGCAGCAGUUACGGCCUCACGCAUACCCCAAUUGAAUAUGAACACUGUCGAUGUAAUCGGCAAGGCUAAUUUGUAUACUUCUCCAGACAAAUCCACAACAGUAGAUUUGACAGGAGGUGUUUCCAAAACCAUGGGUGGCCCAAUGGAUGGACAAGUCAAUAAACACAUUGAGGUGGGAUUAACACAAACAUUUUAGUACCUUCCGAGACACUAUAUUGUAAUAAAUUUCACCUAAUUUGAUUAAAUAUAUUAACAACUAUAAAAUA